UUAGUCGGUAUGACAGGGCGAAAUUGCAAAACGAAAAAAAAUUUUUUAUUAAAGGAAUGCACCCCGGGUGCGGAUGUGUAUGUGUGUUGCCACUGGCACGAUUUACGUGCAUACCCAGCUUCCGUAUCUUUAUGUAGACCUUCAUAAGUGAUUGAUAUUAAAGUAUUAGGAAUCAUGUUAUCCAUGAGCAAGUUUUUCAGUGCUGUUUUAAAAAAGAAUUCUAGAAAUUUCGGUGGAGGAAAAGUUCUAAGAAAUGUUAAACCACCAACGAAAAAGUCAUCGAAUUCUUCAAAUGACUCACUUAUAAAUGCCCAUCUACAUAAUCCCAAUAGUCUGGAAAAACGUAUUCUCGUUUGGUUCAAAAAAUAUCCAAGUAUCGACCAAGUACCUGUGGAAGUACCAAUUGAUAUCGUUCAAUCAGCAACAAGUAAAUUUCGUAUACGCAUUGCAAAUGUUAUGAUGGUAAUGACAAUAAUUGGCUGUAUCUACACUGUAUUGACAGGAAAAAAAGAAAAAGCUGAAAAAUUAGCUGAAGCCGGAGUUAAUGAUGCUGUUAAUAAUUAUCGCAAUCAAAUAAUUGAUGAAUAUAAGGAACAAAAAACCGCAGAAAAAACAGCUAGUAAAUAAAUCUGCUUCUUAUUCUAGCAGUUAUAGAAAUAGUUUAAAUCAAAGAAAUUUUUUGUGUUAAGAAAAAAUAAACAAUCUACUUCUGUAUUGAAUGUGAAAAAAUUUUAAUAUGUAUUUAUGUUUUUCUCACGUUGCAAAGAUAAUAUCAAAAAGUAGAGGCAGUUUCAAUUGAU